CACCCUCCGCCCUCUUCCGAAUACUCACAUCAAACGGCCACAUGUACACACAAGUCGGUCACUCUACCUACAGCGGGUCAGUCAACACAUGGGCUCGCCCUCGUCCCCCCCGUCCUCCUCACCCAUCUCUGCCUUAUCCUCGGCACCCAGACGAUCCCCACUGCCGCAGGCCAGGUGCAGACCCCGGGUGCGCUGGACAGCUAGCAUGCCGCGUCCCGAGUUGAAGCCCUUCCCCCCCCCCUGUCCUCUGCCGAACCAACCGAUCCACUGGCCGGCUGGGCUUCACGUAGGGGGCGGCGGCAAGCAGCUCCGCAGUCAGCUUCAGCCGAGGUCUGUUGUGCGAGAGCUCGUCUGCCUGCUCGUUGCGCACGUCGACGCCCUGCUUCACCAGCGAGUCCACUGCAGCGGGGGUCGCGGGCGCGUAGAGAUUGAGGCUGCGCUGUUCGGCUGGGCGGGAGUAGCAGGUUCUGAUAAUCAGCUCAUCGGUGUCCACGGCGGCGAUGCUCAGGUUCCGACAAACCUCGCCCUCCCUCCGUCCCUCUUGUGUCCCCUCCACCACACAGGUGUGGGCAACCACUUCGUCGAGCCGCUGCUGUGCGUGGGUGUGCAUCGCCACCAGGCCGAGUUGACCAGCAGCUGCAGGGUCGUGGGGAGGUGGGGAGCGGCGUGGUGGGGGUGGCGGCCGGUGUUCGUCAGGGAGCCAGUGGUCGUCAGGGUUGGCCAUCUCCUGAGGGGAUGAGGCGGGUGGGUCCAGCUCGUUGCAGAUGUCAUCGACCUCAGCGUCGAUGACGCCGUAGCACCGGAGGACGGCAGGGAGGUGACGCAGGCCACUGCCACCAGCAAACGCCUCGCCGCAGUCACUACCUACACACACACACACACGAACACACACACACACACAGAGAGAGAGAGAGAGAGUCGACACGCAGACGCGCACACCGACAGACGUACCGAUAUAGCCCAAGUCGUGGACCGAACGGCCGGGUACCCUGACGUCGCCAAGCACGUAGUGGUACGCACACCCGUCACCCAACACUGACACAUACCGAUCCAU